AUGACGCUAGGCCAUGGAAGUUCAACAAAGUCCAUUCCAGAAGCUAACCCGCGCCUGAACGGUCUGUAGUUCCUGCGAGUUGCCUUCGGACACAAGUGCCGCGUCUCCGACUUCAAGCUAUCUAGCAGCAAGCCAUGUCUUCCAAGGGCCACAGCGUUUCCCCGGAGAUGACGACGCAGAGUCGAUUCAGCAUGCUGGAUGCUCUCAGCUCCCUCGCGGCCGUCGCCAGCACGGGCCUCCAGCAGCUGGGCAACGCGGCGGCGUCCAUAGUGAACCCCCCAUCCGACACGGAGCCGGCCAUGGCCAACGGCGACGGAAAUCGCAAGCUGCCUCGGUACACGCUGCAGGACGUGUACCAGCACUGCCACCAAAAUGAUCUGUGGAUCGUGAUUCACAACAGGGUGUACGACGUCACGAACUUUCUCGACAAGCAUCCCGGUGGUGAGGAGAUCCUGUGGGAGCAUGCUGGCAGGGACGCUACCCUCGCAUUCAUGGGCACCGGCCACACCCGGGAAGCGAUCAGCCUGCUGCAGCAAUACUGCAUCGGCAUUCUAGCCGAGGAGGAGCAGCUGAACAUGUUCAACGACGUGUCCCUGCAAAUGGCCGUCACUGCGCAGUCUUAAGUGGCUCAGCAUACAAGCGAAACGGACGUUGUCCGCGGCCUCAGCUUUGGGAAUAGUGUGAUCUUCAUCGUCAUCGUUUACUUUCCGGAACUUCAUCGUGUCUCUUCGUAUGUGUGCUGCAGCGUAUAUUUAUUGCCGUAUUCGUUAUAAAUAAAGAGCUUGCAGCGUGCCAUUGUUCAUUCGAUAAGCACAUCACAACUGGCUCA